AUGGGACAGAGUCAGUCCAAAACCAGCUCGCUAACCCCCCUUGAAUGCUUGACUAAAAAUUUUUCAGAUUUUUCCAGGACAGCUGCUGGGUUUGGAGCCCAGGUGGACGCCUUCACACUGAGGAAGUUCUGUGAAAGGGAAUGGCCAGCCUUUGAGGUUGGCUGGCCUGAGACGGGAAGUCUCGACCUGGGAAAGUGCACGGCAGUGCACGAUGUGAUCUUUGGGAAUCCCGGGCACCCUGACCAAAUGCCAUAUAUUGAGAUCUGGAUGAGUAUUGCUAAUGAUAAACCAAGGUAUCUGCGGGAGUGUCAGGGCGACUCCAAAGGAAAAAAGAAGGUCAAAAGCAGGUCGAGAGUGUUGGUGAUCAAGGGCACGAAGGGGGAUAGAUUCCCUAGGAGGCCUACAGCUCCUCCUGUCCUCCCCACUAAGCCCGAAUCCCCCAUACGACUGAAAAAGAGGAGGGAUGAGAACCCUCCACCGUAUGCUGGCACUUCAGGGGCUACCGCUCCUGAACCCGAUUCCACUUCUGGGUUGCCAUCAGGAGUCCUGAGCCCACCUCAUACCAGAGCAGGAACUAUGUUUGGGUCAGAGUCCACACCAGUCGGGACUUUUCCUUUACGGGAGGUGGGGGAAUUAGAUACGUCAGGACGGCCCCUCCGAACUUAUGUCCCGUUUAGCACUUCUGACUUGUAUAAUUGGAAGAAUCAAAACCCUCCUUUCUCUGUAGACCCAGAAGGGGUGGCAACUCUACUUGACACCGGGUAUGAGGCCCUCACCAGGUACUGCCAGACUCUAUUAAGGGGUAUCCGGGCUGCGGGUCGGAAACCCACCAAUCUGUCUAAGGUGACCGAGUGUAAGCAGGGUGCAGACGAGAGUCCGACUGCCUUCUUGGAGAGGUUGUACCAGGUAUAUCGAACCUGGACGCCCAUAGAUCCCAAAGCCCCUGAGAAUGUGCAGGCAGUCGCCCUCCAGUUUGUGGCCCAAUCCGCCCCAGAUAUUAGGAAGAAGUUGCAGAAGUUAGAGGGUUUUGAGGGGAAAUCUCUCUCGGAGCUGUUGGCUGUAGCACAGAAGGUUUUUGAUAAUAGAGAGGACCCCGCGAAAGCCACUCUGGAACUGAAUAAGAAGAUGGCACAGGUCCUUUUGGCUAGGGAAAUAGGAAAUAGAGAGGAAAGAGGGAGAGAUAAGGUUAAGAUUAUAGGAGCCACUGGGGAAGCAAGGAGUUAUCCAAAGUCCAUAGGAAGAGUCGCUGGCCCUGGCCUGAAGACUAUUACUCACUCUUUCCUGGUGAUACCCGAGUGCCCUGAGCCACUAUUAGGUAGGGAUCUCCUUCAUAAGCUACAGGCCACCAUUUCCUUUGAGACAAAUGAAGGACCAAUAGUACAAGCAGGUGGCCGAAUCUUGCUCACCAUGCCGGUAAGGGAGGAAUAUCGUCUCUAUGAAGCACCACAGAAUGUAGGCAACCCGGACUUAUUAACAAGGUGGAAGCGGGAGAUUCCAAGAGUUUGGGCCGAGACCAACCCCCCAGGGUUGGCUAAACAUGUGACCCCCAUAAUAGUCCAAUUGGUCAGCACUGCCACCCCAGUCCGAGUCCGGCAGUAUCCCAUGAGUCGGGAAGCCCAGCAUGGUAUCAGGAACCAUAUUAGACGCCUAAAAGAGGCUGGUAUCUUGGUGCCCUGCAAGUCAGCCUGGAAUACACCCCUUCUCCCGGUCCGAAAGCCUGGAACGAACGACUUCAGACCAGUGCAAGAUCUGCGAGAGGUAAAUAAGAGGGUAGAGACCAUUCAUCCCACAGUUCCCAACCCUUAUACUCUCCUCAGUCUGCUGUCGCCUGAUCGAACCUGGUAUAGCGUCCUAGAUUUGAAAGAUGCCUUUUUCAGCCUCCCCUUGGCCCCACAGAGCCAACCUAUCUUUGCCUUUGAAUGGACAGACCCCGAGGAAGGUGAGUCAGGACAACUAACUUGGACCCGACUUCCCCAAGGUUUUAAAAACUCUCCGACCUUGUUUGAUGAAGCCCUAAGCAAGGACCUACUGACCUUCCGAAGUGAGCACCCUGAGUGCAGCCUCCUACAAUAUGUGGACGAUCUGCUGAUCGCUGCCUUAUCUCGAGAGGAUUGCGAAAUGGCAACCAGAGACCUACUCGAGGUACUGGGGAACUUGGGGUACCGGGUAUCGGCCAAAAAGGUUCAGCUGUGUACCCAAGAAGUAACCUACCUGGGCUACCAAAUUAAAGAAGGACGAAGGGCCCUGUCUGAGGGAAGAGUCCAGGCUAUCCUAAAGAUCCCGACCCCCACUACCAAGAGACAGGUCCGGGAAUUCCUGGGAGUGGUAGGCUACUGUAGGCUAUGGAUCCCAGGGUUCGCUGAACUAGCAAAGCCCCUCUACACCGCCACUGGAGGGGGCAACACUCCUUUGAAAUGGACUGAGAUGGAGGAAAGGGCUUUCCAGGCACUGAAGGAGUCCCUGGUAAGUGCCCCAGCUCUAGGUCUCCCAGACCUGAACAAACCGUUCCAGCUGUUUGUAGCAGAAAGUGCUGGUGUGGCUAAGGGAGUACUCACUCAAACCCUGGGGCCCUGGAAGAAGCCUGUCGCCUACCUGUCUAAACGACUGGACCCAGUAGCGGCCGGAUGGCCUGGAUGUCUGAGGACAGUGGCAGCAGCCGCCCUACUGGUGAAAGAGACUACCAAACUAACUUUUGGGCAGACCCUAGAAAUCACCACAGCCCACAAUCUUGCCAGCUUACUUCGCUCCCCUCCGGACCGAUGGAUGACCAAUUCUCGGGUCACCCAUUAUCAGGUACUGUUGUUGGACCCACCCCGCAUUACUUUCAAACAGACUGCAGCCUUAAAUCCAGCUACCUUGCUCCCCAACCCAGAGGAAGACGCCACCCAUGACUGUGGAGAAAUCUUGGAAGCCCUGACCUCAUUGAGAGCUGACCUGAUGGACGUCCCGCUACCAGACGCACAGGAAACCCUCUACACGGAUGGGAGCAGCUUUGUGGAAGACGGCGUACGGUAUGCAGGUGCCGCGGUGGUCACCAGCCGGGAGGUCUUGUGGGCUGCGUCCUUGCCACAAGGGACAUCAGCCCAAAAGGAGGAGCUGAUAGCACUCAUUCAAGCACUCAAGUGGGGAGCAGGGAAAAAGAUAAAUGUGUACACCGACAGCAGGUAUGCUUUUGCCACCGUCCAUGUCCAUGGGGCACUAUAUCAAGAGAGAGGACUGCUGACGGCUGGGGGAAAAGCUAUCAAGCAUGCUCAGGAGAUACUGGCCCUGCUAGCAGCUGUUUGGGGGCCAGAGAGGGUUGCUGUCAUCCACUGUAAGGGACACCAGAAGGAUGACUCAGAAGUCUCGCGAGGCAAUCGGUUGGCAGACCAGACAGCUAGGGAAGCGGCCCAAAGACUAGUGGGGACCACGGCCCAACUGGUGGUGGCUACCCCUAUACCAGGAGAAGUGACAAAAGGACAGAAACCAGUGUACUCGAAACAGGAAGAGGAGAUGAGCCGGAGACUGGGGGGGAGAUUAAAUGAGGAAGGAUGGAUCGUCCUCCCGGAUGAUAGGAUUCUAUUACCCCAGCCACUGGGAAGACAGGUGGUCUCUCAAACGCACCAAGGUACCCAUUUUGGGGGAAACAAAUUAGCUGAACUGAUCAGUAAAUUUUAUUUGAUAAUUGGUUUGCACAGGAUCUCCCAGAGUGUGGCAGGUCGCUGUGCAACGUGUGCCAGAGUCAACGCUAACCCAGUACAAGUGAAAGGACCAGGAACCAGGUGGCGGGGGGGGGGGAACCUGGAGAACACUGGGAAUUGGACUUCACUGAGAUGCCUGUGGCUCAAGGAGGAUAUAAGUAUCUCUUAGUCAUGGUAGAUACCUUUUCAGGGUGGACCGAAGCCUUCCCCACUAAGAAAGAGACUUCCCAGGUAGUAGUGAAACAACUGGUCUUUGAAAUUAUCCCCAGGUUUGGGCUCCCUUAUUCACUGGGGUCGGAUAAUGGCCCGGCAUUCAUUGCCAAGGUCACCCAACAAUUGGCAGAAAUUUUAAAAAUUAAAUGGAAAUUACAUUGCAUUUACCGCCCCCAGAGUUCGGGGCAAGUAGAAAGAAUGAAUAGGACUAUUAAGGAAAGCUUAACCAAGUUAAAAAUAGAGACUGGCGGGGACUGGAUUUCCCUUUUACCCUUUGCUUUGCUUAAAAGCAGGAAU